GGGGUGCGCGUGGCUGUGCGACCAUGGCGGAGGGCGCGGGGCGCGGGUGCAUGGUGUCCUACGAGCUGGACGCCGAGGGCCGCAUGGCCUCCGUCAGCUUCCAGAGCGCCGCGAUGGGCGCGCUGUUCGCCCGCUUCCCCCAGGCUCUGCUGGUGCACCGAGCCUGCGCCCCGAGCGGGCGGGCGCUGUACAUCUUCCUGGCGGACGGGCCGUGCCUGGCGGUGCGCGGGGCCGCGGGCAGGGUGGUGCACCUCGCCGUGCCCCGCGACGAGUCGGCACGCGGCCUGGCCCGCAUGUGCGAGGCCUUCCGGGCGUUCAACCCCGCCUGGUGGCGCACUCGCGUGCUGCUGGUGGGCCCCGACCUCCCCGAGCCCGUGGCGCUGGGCCAGGCCUUCCCCGCGGCCGAGGUGCGCCUCUCAGCCUUCCAUGUGUGCAAGCACCUGCAGGAGCAGAUCCACCGGCUGGGCCUGGAGCACCGGGCCGAGCAGCUGCUCCUCAGCACCCUGCACGGCACCAUGUGCAGAGCCACGGAGAGCAAACGCAGGGAGAUGCACCGCGUCCUGAGUGAGACGGUACCGCCAGACCUGCUGCCACGCUUCCACGCUCACUGGCUGCUCACCGAUAAGAUCUGGGCCGUGCAUGGGGAGAGGAGCUGCAAGAAGAGCUGUGACUAUUUUAUGGAGCUGGAGACCGUCACCCAGGGCUUAAGCCAGGUUUUCAGUGCUGAGCUCUUCCUGGAGACUUGCAUUGCCUCCUUAGCAAAGUACUGCCAGAAGUGUGUUUCUGAGAGCCCUCUCGAUGACACUGUGUGCUCCACUGCCUGCCCUGAUCACCGUGCGGCUUCCCAAAGCUCACCCACCUCGAAUUCCCCUCUCCAGCCCCUGGCAGUGUGUCAGGAUCAGCCAUCCCAGUGCUCUGUCCAGGACUCUCCCACAGCAACGGCAGCUCCGCAACUCCCAGUGGCCCUCCGCAGCCAGCCUGCACCUUCCCAACCUCUCCUCCAGAGUGGGUCUGUGAGCACUUGCUCCUUGUUCAUUCCUUCAUCUCCUGCAAUUAAAGUGGAGGCCACAGAAUACCCAGAGGGGGACAGCGACGAGGAGAUGAACCAAAGGGCUGAAGAAUGUAUCAUGCAAUCUUUGUCUGAUAUUUGCACAGAGUCCGCUGCCAGGCUGUGCCUGAGCGAGCUUGCAGUGGUUCAGAAAUCUGUACAGCUGAUAGGCACCAGUGUGGACGCUGUCAAUGUGCAGAUCCUUGAAGAUGCUCACAGAGUGACUCAGGAAGGGCUGGGCCACUGCACGUGCCACUUCAACCAGACAUUCCAGUUGCCCUGCCGGCACAUCCAGGCUGUGCUGAACUCAGAGAGAAAGACCUUGCAGCCUGAGAUGCUGGGGAGGCGGUGGCAGAAGGGAUGUGACCCCACCCAGGGCAUGCAAGACAGUGUUGACCACCUCCUGGAGGACCUGGAGAGCCCUUGGGAUGAGUCUCGGGACAAAUUCCUGGCUGUGUCCUCGCUCACAGCAGAGGUCAGCCGGCUCCUCGCCUCUUGUAGCACAGAGGAGUUUGAGCUCCGGUGCAGCACGCUGCGAGCGCUGGCUGACAGCUGGAUUGGGCCCUACAUGCAGGUGAAACUCUAGUAUGGGACAAGGAGCCAGGCGUGAGGCUGGAACUGCUCACAGCUCUGCCACAUCCCUCCUGCUUUUAUUGCUCCCUUUACUCAGACUGUUCUGCACGUGAGUUAGAGGCUGACUGGGCUGCUUCGUGAGUGAGCAUCCACUCCUGCAUGGGGGAGCUGUGGAGCUGGUUUACAAAUUCCCGACUGGACUGUAAUGGGUAACAAGCUGCUGACCUAACAAGCAGGAAAUGCAUGGAGCGAGCUGAGGGUGGUGUGGGGUAGGAAGUGAUAGUUCAAUAAUGUGAUAAAAUUAUUUGAUCUUUGGCCAGCACCUUCAGGUCCUUCCAGCAUCCGGCUGUGAGGGUAUUGUGCAACAAAGCCAAUAAAUGGGCCUUUGUCACUUUGGA